UGGGUCGAGUUUUCCCAGAGCACCCCAUUCUACAGACUCCCCAACCCCUGUGUCGUGAAAUGGAUCAGUCGUGCAGAACCUGGGAGACCCAUUUGGAGACGCCCUCCUGCGCGGUGACGUCACUCAGUCUUGUAGCUCCGUUCCAAGGCCGAGGCUGUCAGGCUGGCAUUCCACUCCUCCUCCUCAGCCGCCUGCCUGCUGCCGGUGAUGGAGAGCCUCUUGGAGAACCCCAUGAAAGCUGUGCUGUACUUAAAGGAGUUGACGACUAUUGUGCAAAACCAACAAAGUCUUAUACAGAGUCAGAGGCAGCGAAUUGAUGAGUUAGAACGCAGGCUGGAUGAUUUAAGCCGUGAGAACCGGAGCUUGAGGGACCAGACUGCUUCGGGUCAGGUCCAGCAGCAUCCUCCUCCAGCCCAGCAUCAGCACCAGCAUCCUCCGUGCGCCAAACUGCCUGCUACGCCAGCCAGCAGCAGUAAAGGGGCUCAGCACCUCCAGCCACAACAACAUCAUUCCUUGCCUGCUGCUCAGAGUAAGGAACGCCAGCAGACCUGCUGUAAAGCUUUGAUCCAGCAGAAGACCCCCGCCAUCGGCAAGGCGAUCCUGGGCAGAAAGCCUGAGAACGAGACAGUUUUGCAUCAGUUUUGCUGCCCUGUUGCCGACUGUGAACAGAAACCCUUCUCCAGCUGCUCUCAGUCAGGCACUGAUUCCAGCAGUUCCAACAGAAAAGCAUGCAGCGCAGACACUGAUGGGACUUGCAGACUGGAGACAGACAGUACGAAGGGACAUGGGUCGGACUCUUUAAAGCAGACACCCAAAUGCCAUUCAUCAUUCACCGACAGCAAAGAAGAAAAGGCCAAGUGCUCCGGCAUGGUGCAGAGAGCCAGCCUACAUCACACUGCAUCCCCAGUGAGGAUACAGAGGAGCAAAGGGGCUGCAUCCUGCUCCCACGCUGCCAGCUCUGAUUAUGAACUCUCGCUGGAUCUCCGCAACAAACAGGUUGAAAUGUUAGAACAUAAAUACGGGGGUCACCUUGUCUCUCGGAAAGCUGCAUGCACCAUCCAGACAGCAUUUCGUCAGUAUCAGUUGAGCAAAAACUUUGAAAAAAUACGAAAUUCCCUGUUAGAGAGCCGUAUGCCUCGUCGAAUUUCACUCAGAAAAGUCAGGGUACAUAACACUGAGGGAUUUGCAUCUGAAAAAGCCCUGCUGGAGGGCUACAAUUUUGUAGGAAUCCCUUUGGUGAGAUCACCAUCCCUGCCAGCAAGCAUCAGCGGAGCAUUAACAGAACUGGAAGACUCUUUCACUGAGCAGGUCCAGUCCCUUGCUAAAUCAAUUGAUGAUGCCCUAAACACAUGGAGUCUGAAAACAUUAUGCUCUCUGCAGGGCGGUAGCACCUACCAGUUUACAGAAACAUUCAGUGCUAGUACCAGACGAGCAAGUGAAGAUGUUGAGAAGUUGGAGGGAAGUGACCAAGAGAAAGAAGAGAGACAUCAGGAAGGAAUUCCAAAGAGCAGCAGUUCUCUCAUGAUGGCCUUUAGGGAUGUUACUGUACAAAUUGACAGGAAAAACAUCUCUGUUUCCACUUCUGUUGUGGAGUCAACUUCUGUUUCUGUGUCAGACUGCCUCAGCAGUGCUGAGUCAGGUACUGUUCAGUCAACCAGGGAAAUGGACUCUUCAGAAAAUGGUAAAGCAAAUACAUUGCAAGAAUCAGGGGCUCAGUCUAACUCAGUGGCUCUACAAAACAAUGGUGAUGAACUCUCUCUUGCAACAAAUGGUGUGAAUACAACAGCAAUGGACUCUGAACAGAUGAUUAUACAAAAGUUUGAAGCUAGUGAGGAUGUAACCGAGGGCAAGAAAACUGAUUCAGAAUUGGGAGACAAUUUGGAACAAUUAAGUAGCAGUAGCACAUCCACGUCAGCUAAAUCCACAUCAGAGCUUUCGUCUAAGGAGGCCCUACAGGCCAUGAUCCUCAGUCUUCCACGGUAUCACUGUGAGAAUCCUGCAAGCUGCAAGUCACCGACCCUCUCGACAGACAUAAUAAGGAAACGGUUGUACAGGAUUGGCUUAAACCUCUUCAACAUAAAUCCAGACAAAGGAAUCCAAUUCCUAAUUUCUCGAGGAUUUAUCCCUGAUACCCCAAUUGGAGUAGCUCACUUCUUGUUACAGAGGAAAGGGUUAAGUCGUCAAAUGAUAGGAGAAUUUCUGGGCAACAGCAAGAGGCAAUUUAACCGAGAUGUCUUAGACUGUGUUGUGGAUGAGAUGGACUUUUCCAACAUGGAAUUGGAUGAGGCCCUAAGAAAAUUUCAAGCACAUAUUCGAGUCCAAGGGGAAGCUCAGAAAGUGGAAAGGCUGAUUGAAGCUUUCAGCCAGCGGUACUGCAUGUGCAAUCCGGAUGUGGUACAGCAGUUUCAUAACCCAGACACCAUCUUCAUCCUGGCUUUUGCCAUCAUUCUCCUGAACACAGACAUGUACAGCCCCAACAUCAAACCUGACAGGAAGAUGAUGUUAGAGGACUUCAUACGCAACCUACGAGGUGUUGAUGAUGGAGCGGAUAUUCCUCGUGAAAUGGUAGCUGGGAUAUAUGAGCGCAUCCAGCAGAAGGAACUGAAAUCAAAUGAGGAUCAUGUGACUUAUGUAACCAAAGUGGAAAAUUCUAUUGUGGGAAUGAAAACAGUCCUGUCGGUGCCUCAUCGUCGUCUGGUCUGCUGCAGUCGCCUCUUUGAGAUAUCGGACAUCAAUAAAUUGCAGAAGCAAGCCGCUCACCAGAGAGAAGUCUUCCUGUUUAAUGACCUACUAGUGAUACUAAAGCUGUGCCCGAAGAAGAAGAGCUCUUCUACAUACACCUUCUGCAAGUCUGUGGGACUCCUGGGAAUGCAGUUCCAUCUCUUCGAGAAUGAAUACUAUGCCCAUGGAAUUUCUUUGCUGUCACCCAUAUCAGGCUCAGAGAAAAAGCAAGUACUUCAUUUUUGUGCCCAAAGUGCAGAAGAAUUGCAGAAAUUUGUGGAAGACCUAAAGGAGUCAGUUGCAGAGGUGUCAGAACUGGAGCAGGUCCGCAUUGAUUGGGAGCUGGAGAAGCAGCAAGGUGCAAAGACCCCCUCCUCAGGAAAGAAUAAUGGCACUCCACUGGAGAUCAGAGCUAAGCAAGAAUCCCCCGAUGGCAGGACACUUAUUGGGGAGAGUAAAACAAUCAAUCAGCUAGCCCAGGUGUCAAUUCACAACAGGCUCCAGACGUAUCAGCACAGCACAGUCGAGAAUCGAGACAGUGGAAAGCAUCAGAACACCUUUCUUAACCUCACAGAAAUGGACAUCCCAGCUGUAACAUCGUCUGUGAAGGAACCAGUUUCAGAAACCCUUGUACAGUGCCAGCAAAUCGUCAAAGUAAUCGUCCUUGACAAGCCAGGCCAAGAUCAGUUAGAGUCAGCCUUUUUCCAGACUCCUGUGCAUCAGGCCAUUCGCUCCACUGCUUCUACACCUGUGCGGUCUCUAGGAAGUAGAAUUCAAGGAACUCCUUUGAAGACUACCCAUCAGCCACCUCUUCCUCCACCACCUCCACCUUAUAAUCACCCUCAUCAGUAUUGUCCUCCUAACCCUCUAAUGAGCAGUCGUCGAUACUCUAGUGGGUCGCGGAGUUUAGUAUAGCUGAGAUCUUACCUGUGACAGCACUGUGUUUUCACAUAAUGUGCUGUUACUCUUUAGAAUAUAACUUAUUUUGAGAUGCUUGCUUUGAAUCCUAUCCUGCUUUGAAAAGACAGUACAGGAAUUUAAGAAGAAAUUGCAAUUCUGUUUGCAUUAAGUGAGUUUAAGAUUAUAGCUUUGAAACCCACUGGUGGUAUCAAUGCAGCGGCAUGAUUUCCACUGUGCAAUACUAGUAGGGGACUUUGUUACACUCUGCAGAAAGAAAUAUUGUAACUAUUUAUUUGCAUAUAAUAACGUUUUUAUGGAUUCUAGACUAUGUGCACUGAGGUGGACAAAGUAAACUAAGCACCACAUGACGGGUCCUUUUUGGUAUGAGUUUGUGUUUUUUUUUCCUUGGAGGAUAGGAAAAUUAUUUCAGUUCCAGUGGCAACACUGUCUGCUUUACAAAGAUUUUCAGUGGAGAGAACUAUGAGUGUUCUUUACAGCUGGGCAUUUGCACUGAUUUCAUAAACAUGUAUUGCAAUGAAGUACUUAGUUGAAUGGUUUAUGUAUUACGUUUUCCACUUUCAGAGAACACUUGCAUAUCUUGACAGAAUACAUUCUAUUAAGGAUCCCUAUGCGAGGUCAAAAUAAAUUAGGUUGUAAGGAAGUAGCCAGGAUAUUUGUUUACUUAUACUAAGGAAUUUAUACAUUCUGUGAAAGGCUGCUGCGUAAUAAAACAAGGACAAAUUAGAACAGUAGUCAUGUGGUGAUGUGAAAGAUGAAGGAAGGUAUAGACUGUUGUUAUGAAGUUAAAGGCAUUAAAGAUAAUUUGAUAAACUGCAUAAUAUAGGAAGCAGAUUCACAUCUCUAAGUUCAACUUCAAAGCAUCACUUUACGAAACAAGGUUCAUUCCAUGUUGUCUAACUUGUUCUAAGUGAACAGUGUUUAUUCUUGCCACUGAUGUAAUUUUCAAGACACAUUAUGUAGUACCCACAGCCAACAGGCAUUUCAUAUUCUAACAUGGUUUUGGAGGACAUCUUUGUAUUUCACUUUUAUUUUGAAUAAGGAUACAGAUUUGGAAUGUAGUGGUAAUCCUUGCAUCAACAAAAUUCCAGCAACAGUGACAUAUAUUCCAGGAACAGUGACAAAUAUCAUGAUGAUAUAUUAUAAGAAACAGGAUAAAUUAGAAAAAAAAAUCUUGCCAUGCACGGCAAUUACGCCCAUAAGAAAAGAAGGCCAUUCAUUCUCUGAAACAUUCUCCAGUUCAGUGCUAUGGGAGAGUGGGACUGUAUCCCAGCACUCAGUGGGCACAACAUUGAGAAAGUAAUCCUGAACAGAAUGCCAGUCUAUUUAAAGACAUACUCUCACAGUCACAUACACAUAGCAUUUAUACCUGUGAGCAAUUUGGGAGGGUCACCAGUUCACCUGCAACAUGUCUUAGGAACAUGGGAAGGAAGCAGAACUUCCAGCAAGAUAAAAAAUAUAUAUGGUCACAGGAAGGACAUGUGGGAACCUAACCAAAAGUGCUCCAGUUAAGAAAUGGACUGGAAAACCAAAUACAUAGAGGGAGCAAUACUGAUGCCUACAUGGCUGGGCUGUCUAAAAUAGCUCAUACUUGACUGAAAUCAGAUUAAUUAGCUAUUACCUGCCAACCACUGGCAGCUGCCUUACUCUCAGAAGGCGUUAACAAAUUAUAGUUUAACUCUUACUAUGAAAGCCUGCUUUGUAUAUGAAAGUAUUUGUCAUUUACAGAAACUACUUCUAAGUCUUCUAAGUUUAUAGCAUCUCCAAAAACAUGUACAGACAACAGUUUACUUAUAUGACUGUGGUUUCUCUCUACAUACUAGAUUUCUACUUCUUAAUUUUGAAAAUGUGAAGAUAAUAUUUACCUAUUAAUCUAUAAAAUAUAUAAAGCUGCCCUGACUGUGACAGACAUUCUUCAUUAUACCACAUGUUAGGAUUAGAAUAGGUCUUUAGUAUCACAAUAUCAUGGCUGAUGGUUGUUGUUGUUGUUUGUCU